CUAGGACGUCAUUCAUCGUAGUCGCGCGCUGUACCCAAGCGGAAGUGAAUAGAGAAACAAGAUGGCGGCACCGGUCUCUGGUGUGGGACGCUUGGAGGAGGAGGCUCUGCGGCGGAAGGAGCGGCUCAAGGCGCUUAGAGAAAAGACAGGGCGCAAGAAUAAGGAAGAUGAGGAACCAAAAAAUAAACACUUCAAAGAAGAAGAAGAAGGAGGAGGAGGUGAGAAACACAGGGAACUCAAAUUACGGAACUAUGUCCCUGAAGAUGAAGAGCUAAAGAAGAGGAAGGUACCUCAGGCUAAACCAGCAUCAGUGGAAGAGAAAGUGAAAGAUCAGCUGGAAGCAGCGAAGCCUGAGCCCAUCAUUGAGGAAGUGGAUUUGGCCAAUCUUGCCCCCAGAAAGCCAGACUGGGACUUAAAAAGAGACGUGGCAAAGAAACUGGAAAAGCUAGAGAAGAGGACACAGAGAGCCAUUGCAGAGCUCAUACGUAAGCUUAUUGACCCCUGGCAUAGAUCUGGACCUGUGGAAUGUCAGAAGCUAGUCAAAGAAGCAGCAGUUUUCCACUGAGCCCAAGACAGAUUCUAGCAGGAGAAAGACUUCGAGGCCAAGAAGAUGACCUGGAACCUGCAAAGCAGGAAGAGAGUGACUCAGAUUAAAGCAGCCUCUCCUCAGCAUUUGGCAACACAAGACAGCAGUGUGAACUGAUCUUUCUAGGCCAGGCACAAAGACCCACCCCCUAUCUUGAUCCUCAGAGUGACCUCUGCUACUCCUUUUAAUGCCCAUCUGAGGGCAUUUUAGAACAAUACAUUUAAAGUUGUGGCUUAAGAGUGUGUAGUAUAUGAUUACUGCCAUCUAAACUUUAAAAUAAGUGAUAACAUUUUCUACCAACUCAUUUGAUGGCAUAUUCCAUUUUUAUUUUACUUUAUUUAAAUAUUUCAGUUUAUUAUUUAUUUUUAACAUUCUUAAAAACAUUUUUUGAAUUCCAGAUUCUUUUCCUCCCACUCCAUUCACAUCUACCGAGGAGGCAAGCAAUAUUAUGUUAUUCCUAUGAAAUCCUACAAAACAUAUUUCUUCUAUAUUAGCUAUAUUUUUUUAAGUAAGAAAAAUAAAGUAAAAAAAUUACACUUGCAUUUGCACUCAGAGUGCCAUGAUGGUAUAAUCCACAUGUUUGUUAGCUUCAGUUUUUGCUGAUAGCAACAAGCUUCUGUGAUAAAAUAUCAGCCAAGUUGAUCAAAUACCAGCCAGUUGGCAACCUAAUCCUGGACAAACAGGAGGUGAUGGCAAGUUAGGGAGUAACAUUGCUGUGUAUAAUAUGUAUAUGUGUAUAUGUUUUGGAAUUUUUCUAUUUUUUAGAAUAAAGACAGACCCAGGUGUGUGAGUGAGAUUGAAAUGCUUAAGUCCUGAUCCUGUUGGGACCCAGAAAAAGAAGGAACAAAGGACCCCCUUACUCUUUUUACUACUUUACCAUGCCCCUGUGACUUGGAUUAAUAUUAUUUCAUCUAAUUAUGAAUGGAAAAGAACUGGAAUAACUUUUUGUCUAAACCAGGGGAAUGAUAAUUGUUGAAAAAACAAGGCCAAGUGAGAGGGGAGGGUAGUGCAAGUGGGGAGAGUGGCAAGAUAAUUUUAGGGUAGUGACGACUUAAAAUCAAAAUUAAUUGGUUGCCAGGGGAAAAUCCCAAAUAAAAUACCCAAGCUAGUCUGGAAAUUUAUAGUAAUUUUAAUUAAUAUAGAGGGAAGGAUUUUAAGGAGAAGAGGGAGGAGGGUAUAGGAUUUCUCCCACCUGGCCUGUGCCAGUGGGAGUUCAAGAUCUCCACCGCUAGGUCUCUGAAGGAGAUUAGAGGCUUCUAAGAGGAUAAAGUUUGGAAAGUAAAGGAGGAAAAACUCAGCCAGAAACUCACCACCAAACUGGACAAUAGCUGUAGCCACGCCAAGAUGCCGAAAGGCCUAGCACGCUGCCACCAGCCACCUCUCCGCUGCCAAAGGUACCAGAGAGAGGAAGUGACAUGAAAUAUAUAGACCUUUUACUCUUGUGUCCCCUCCUCUAAAUUUUCACGUCUACCAAUCAUAUCAGAGGCUUUUUCUCCAGGACUGCCCAUUCUUUAGUUCUCAUCUUUGAUUAGAUUAUAUCUUUUGAGUUACUUAACACUUCUUUGUUAAGUUCACCUUUUGUUAGUUACUUGACCUUUUUUGUGAUUAUACCCUUUAUAGUUACUUAACAUCUUUUUGUAUUAAGAUCUAAAAAUAGACAACUUAAAGUUCUAGCUUCACUAUAAAGUAAGAACUAAGUACCUUCAUUGUUCAAUCAGGAGAUUACAAUUUUAUCUUUACCAUGAAGUAAGAUCUAAGUAGGGUGGAGUAAUCUAAAUUUCACAGGGAGGUACUUCAGAGUUUGUUAGGCUUUCUAGUGCCCCCUUAUAUUAUACGUUUCAACUCCUAAGACCAGAUCUGAGAGCAAAGGCAGAAGAAUAAGCUAUAUUUCUUUUAGCUCAAGGGAAAAGUCUCAGUGGAAACUCAAGAGGGCGCCAUUCCUAGGGCAUAUUGGGCCCUCAUAAAUGAAGCGUGGAGAGCUGCUCUAUGUGUAGGCCUGAAGGGUCCAAAAUAGGAGGGCACAAACAAUGGAAAAACUGUUUAGAUUAGAUAGGAAGUCAUAGCUGCUGACCCCGAAGCUGAUGAGUCCUUGCAUUGCAGUCUGCCCCAGCUCUGUCUCAGGGAACUCCAUUAGGCAAUGUCUAAGGAACAAUCAAUGUUAAGUGAUUUUAUGUUGUUGAUUUGAACAAGAGCAACUAGUAAGAACAACAUCAAAUACUGAUUUAGUGCUUCUCAUCUUGCCAUCCAACAGGGCCUAGCCAGCAAGAGAAUCUUCUCAUCUGCCUCCAUAAAAAUGCCCCCUAUUCUUCCCUUCUUACCUUUCUAUUUACUCAGGGAGCAACAAGUCGAAAUGAUUGCUACUAGAAAUGUAUGACAGUUUAGUGCAGUUCCCAUUCCUGCUGUAUCUGUUUGCCAGGAUAUGAUAUUUACUCCUAGGACAGUAUUGCUUCUUUUUUUCCCUUUUUUUUAUAAUAAACCCUUACCUUCCAUCGUAAAAUCAAUACUGUAUAUUGGUUCUAAGGCAGAAGAGUGGUAAAGGCUAGGCAAUGGGGGUUCAGUGACUUGCCCAGGGUCACACAGCUAGGAAGUAUCUCAGACCACUUUUGAACCUGAGACUUCCAGUCUAGGCCUGGCAUUCUAGCCACUGUGCUACCUAAUUGCCCCAGUGCUUUUGAUUAUGUGGGUUAUAUCUCUAAAUAUUUACUGUAUUAGAAACAAAAACAACAUUUUAAACUAAAAAUAAUAAAUGCAUUUUGUAUGUACAUAACUUUUUUUAUGUAUGAAAAAUACAUUUUCCAAAGCAAAAAAUUGAGAUGAAUGACAUUGUUCCACAUAUUUUUACAAAUCUCUUUAAUGCCUGGCUUAAUAGGAGGCAGUUGAAUUCUUUUAUCUGCUUCCUUAUUCUGUUAUGAUUAGGUUGUUUUGGUUGAUGUUUCUAAAGAAAACCUGACCUCAAACGGAUGUAAUUGGGAAGGGGAGGAGUAUUUUAAGAGGUAGAUAACAUCUGAGAGUUCUUACGAAAACUGUUUUUGACCUCCCCAACACCAUGAAAAGUCUUCACAGACCACACUUUGACAAUUACUGGUCUAGUCCAGCUGCCUUUCUUUAUAGAGAGGGAAGCCGAGUUCUUGAAUGGCUGACUUGCCUAAAGUCACACCUGUUGUAAGUAGCUAAGCCAGGAUUCAGAACCAACUCUUUGGACUCCAACUCCUUUCUUCUCUCCAUUGUACCACAUCAUGCUGAACAGGAAAGACCAUGUGCUAAGGUUUCCCUUCACCGCUUCCUGUUGCCUCUUGAGAUGAUACUGCUGACACUCUGCCAGAAUCUUUUGUAAAAAUUUUACCAAUGACGUGCUGUUCCAAAAUGUUUCUCUUGGCCAUUUCUCUUUGCUGAGCAAAGAGAAGAAUUCUUGGCUGAAGUGGUUUCUAGGCUUCCAUUGUAGUGAUUGCUUUAAAUCGGUUAAAAUUUUCAUGUGAAUGUGUUUAAGCCAAAGUCCUUUUCUAUUUCCAACUUUUAUUUUUUUUAAACCCUCACUUUCUGUCUUAGAAUCAAUACUGUGUAUUGGUUCCAAAGCAGAAGAGUGGUAAGGGCUAGGCAAUGGGGGUUAAGUGACUUGCCCAGGGUCAAACAGCUGGGAAGUGUCUGAGGCCAGAUUUGAACCCAGGAUGUUAUGUCUAUAGGCCUGGCUCUCAAUCCAUUGAGCCAACUAGCUACGCCCCCUCCGAUUUUUAAAUGUCAGGUUGGAACUGACUUGGUUGCACACAGUAUUUUUUUUUCUGAUCUUUUUGGUUUUGAUCUCUGCUCUAAUAAUUUGUUAGAUUGACUAUGCGCCAGUGGGCUUCCCCUCCCUCCCCCCAUUGGUAACCAGUCAUUUUCUGUUAUGAUACAUGGACAGUUAAUUUUUCCCCCCCUCUGGUAUUUGGUACUUGCCAUGUUUAAAACCUUCCAGCUCAUAGUGAAGAAAAUUCAUGUGUUCUUUCAUGAGAAGUUUUGAAGAGUGCUUGACUUUGAUAACCUUGUGAAGAAUUGGAGAUGGAGCUAAUUUAAGAAAUUUUCUCUAAAAGAAAAUGAGUUUGGGGGCAGCUGGGUGGCUCAGUGGAUUGAGAGCCAGGUCUAGAGAUGGGAGGUCCUGGGUUCAAAUUUGACCACAAAUACUUCCUAGUUGUGUGACCCUGGGCAAGUCCCUUAACCCCCAUUGCCUAGCCCUUACUGCUCUUCUGCCGUAGAAACAAUACACAAUAUUGAUUCUAAGAUGGAAGGUAAGGGUUUAAAAACAAAACAAAACAAGUUUGAUGUUAUUUUUGUAACUUUAAUGAAGAUAUAAAUGUAAGAUAUAAAAAGAUAUAAAUAUAAAAAGAUAUUAAAAAGAUAUAAAAAGAAAGCUAAACUGAGGGCUAGAAAAAUUUCUUAAUGGUAUUUACACCAUUUCAUCUUGAGGAAGUAAAAGAUUGGAAGAAAUUCAUUUUGCUGUUCUGAAAUCCUCUGGAAUUUCAUGUUUGAAGUUCUAGGACAGACAGAUCUAGUCUGUGGCUUAUUUAAAUUAUUGAGAAUAAAAAUGAGGAAAUCUGUCUUUACUCUGGAAGGUCAAAGAAGAGUAGGCUAACCCCCAUUUUUCCAAAUAAAGUUGAAAAAAAACAGUAUUCUGAUAUUACAUUAUACCUUCUCCCUUCUUUGAAUAGCAAAGAAAAAGUUAACACAUCACUCUCAUAGAACACACAACAUUCUUUACCAGUCAAAAGAGGAAAGUGUUUCAUCCUCAGUUUUCUGAAACCUAUACUUGUCAUUGAAUUUAAUCUGAAUUCAUCUGGGUUUUCUGUACUUUAUUGUCAUUGUUGCUUUUUAUUUUCCUGUUCUGCUUUCUUCACAUUGCAUCAGUUCAUUAAUAAAAGCCAAAUUUUUUGUUA